AUGGCCAAGAAUGUAAAUAUGGAAGUGACUCUUCUUCAAGUGACAAUUUCACUUAGCAAAGUAGAGCUUAGCGUGGGUGAAUCUAAAUUCUUCACAUGUACAGCAAUUGGUGAACCUGAGAGUAUAGAUUGGUAUAAUCCUCAAGGGGAGAAGAUAAUUUCAACACAGAGGGUAGCAGUGCAAAAGGAAGGUGUUAGAUCACGAUUAACCAUCUACAACGCAAAUAUAGAGGAUGCAGGGAUAUAUCGUUGUCAAGCAACAGAUGCCAAAGGACAGACACAAGAAGCUACAGUUGUAUUGGAAAUUUACCAAAAACUCACUUUCAGAGAAGUGGUAUCUCCUCAAGAAUUCAAACAAGGGGAGGAUGCAGAAGUGGUUUGCCGAGUUAGCAGCUCACCUGCCCCUGCUGUCAGCUGGUUGUAUCAUAAUGAGGAAGUCACCGCUAUUUCCGACAAUCGCUUUGCUAUGCUAGCCAACAAUAAUCUGCAGAUUCUCAACAUCAAUAAAAGUGAUGAAGGUAUAUACAGGUGUGAAGGAAGAGUGGAAGCUAGGGGAGAAAUUGAUUUCCGUGAUAUCAUCGUUAUUGUUAAUGUGCCGCCAGCGAUCACAAUGCCUCAGAAAUCCUUUAAUGCCACAGCAGAGAGAGGAGAAGAGAUGACAUUAUCCUGCAGGGCCUCUGGCUCUCCCGAGCCCUCUAUCUCCUGGUACAGGAAUGGCAAGUUCAUUGAAGAAAAUGAAAAAUACAUAUUAAAAGGAAGCAAUACAGAACUCACUGUCAGGAACAUAAUUAAUAGUGAUGGCGGUCCUUAUAUCUGCAGGGCCACAAAUAAAGCAGGAGAAGAUGAAAAACAGGCAUUCCUCCAGGUCUUUGUACAGCCUCACAUAAUACAGCUUAAAAAUGAGACUACACAUGAGAACGGUGAAGUCACGCUUACAUGUGAAGCAGAAGGGGAGCCUAUUCCAGAAAUCACUUGGAAAAGAGCCGUAGAUGGCAUCACGUUUUCUGAAGGCGAUAAGAGCCCAGACGGCCGUAUCGAAGUCAAAGGGCAGCAUGGAAGCUCAUCACUGCGCAUUAAAGAUGUGAAGUUGUCAGAUUCAGGGAGAUAUGACUGUGAAGCCGCAAGUAGGAUUGGAGGGCACCAAAAGAGCAUGUACCUUGAUAUUGAAUAUGCUCCCAAGUUUAUAUCAAACCAAACAAUUUAUUACUCUUGGGAAGGAAACCCGAUCAAUAUAAGCUGUGAUGUGAAAUCUAAUCCACCAGCAUCAGUCCUUUGGAGAAGAGAGAAAUUAGUCUUGCCAGCUAAAAACACCACUAAUUUAAAGACAUAUAGUGCAGGGAGAAAGAUGAUAUUAGAGAUUGCACCUACAUCUGACAAUGACUUUGGACGAUAUAAUUGCACAGCCACUAACCGUAUAGGAACAAGAUUUCAAGAAUAUAUUCUUGCUUUGGCUGAUGUGCCAUCCAGUCCCUAUGGAGUGAAGAUUAUAGAGCUGUCACAGACCACAGCCAAGGUUUCUUUCAACAAGCCGGACUCCCAUGGAGGUGUGCCUAUUCAUCACUAUCAGGUGGAUGUCAAAGAAGUGGCAUCAGAAACCUGGAAAAUAGUACGCUCCCAUGGAGUUCAAACAAUGGUUGUUUUGAGCAACCUGGAACCAAAUACAACUUAUGAAGUCAGGGUUGCAGCAGUAAAUGGAAAAGGGCAAGGAGACUACAGUAAAGUAGAAAUCUUCCAGACAUUACCAGUUCGUGAACCAAGUCCUCCAUCCAUACAUGGGCAGCCAAGCAGUGGGAAGAGCUUUAAACUCAGUAUCACCAAACAAGAUGAUGGAGGGGCUCCUAUUUUGGAAUACAUUGUAAAAUAUAGAAGUAAAGAUAAAGAAGAUCAGUGGCUAGAGAAAAAGGUUCAGGGAAAUAAAGACCACAUUAUUUUGGAGCAUCUACAGUGGACAAUGGGGUAUGAAGUUCAAAUUACAGCCGCCAACAGAUUGGGAUAUUCAGAACCGACAGUCUAUGAGUUCAGCAUGCCACCAAAGCCCAACAUUAUUAAAGAUACACUUUUUAAUGGUCUUGGGCUUGGAGCAGUCAUCGGCUUGGGAGUUGCGGCACUCUUGCUAAUCCUGGUGGUAACAGACGUCAGCUGUUUCUUCAUCCGACAAUGCGGGUUAUUGAUGUGCAUCACGAGGAGAAUGUGCGGGAAGAAAAGUGGCUCCAGUGGGAAGAGUAAAGAACUCGAAGAAGGAAAAGCAGCAUACCUGAAAGAUGGAUCAAAAGAACCAAUAGUGGAGAUGAGAACAGAGGAUGAAAGAAUUACUAACCAUGAGGAUGGGAGCCCAGUAAAUGAGCCAAAUGAAACCACACCAUUAACAGAACCUGAAAAAUUGCCUUUGAAAGAAGAAAAUGGAAAAGAAGUCUUAAAUCCAGAAACUAUAGAAAUUAAGGUUUCUAACGACAUCAUCCAAUCAAAAGAAGAUGACAGUAAAGCAUAACACCGAGAUUACAGAGGCUUAAACAACACUACAAAGAGCAUUUGGAUUGCAGUGACCCUAUGACCAAAACUAUUCCAUUGACCUUAAUUUCUUGGGAAACUUCUAGCUUGGAAUAGCUUGUACACAUAUACAUAUGAUGAAAUAUUCCUGCCCAUGGUCCAUUACC